AUGUCAAUAUUAAAAAUUUCAAAUAUUUUUAGAGCUUCUAUCAUUUUAAUUUGUUAUUAUAUUAUAACCUUUAGAUUAUUAGAAGAUUUAACUCUUAUAAAUCGAAUAUUAUCAUCACCAAAAAUACAAAAAUCAUAUAAUGACGAGAAAUUUUUAACAUAUCUUCCACAUAGUGGAUUUAAUAAUCAACUUAUCUCUUUAAAAAAUGCCAUAAUAUUAUCGUAUAUUACAAACAGAACGUUAAUAAUGCCAUCAGUAAUAAUUGACAAGGAAAUUACUCAUAGCGAGUUUGACAGACUUUAUUCUAAACUUGAAAGAUCAGUUAUUAUGAAGAAGGCUAGACUAUCAUCAUGUUCUCACCGAACAAAUGAAACAACCAAUAUUAAAGAUUUUUGUCAUAAAUCUCACAAACACCAUGAAAAAUUUUCACUGAUGUAUUGGGAUGAUUUAUUGGAUUUUACAACUCUAAAAAAACGUAUUCGAAUAAUUAAUCGUGGUCAUGAAUUUGAUCUUGAAACCUUAAAAAAAUCAUUUGAAAGUAUUUAUUAUAUUAAAGAAAAUAGCCGUUAUGGAUAUCAAUAUUUUGAUAUGGAUAAUAUGAAACGAUCAUUAGGAAAGCAAUUUAAAAAAAAGUUCCUUAUUUCUGAAUUUAUAUCAAGGCCAGAAAAAUUAAUACAUUUUGGAUCUUUACACGGAUCUCGAAGAGUAAUUUUAGAUGAUAUGAAAAAUAAAGAAUUUUUGAAUGAAGUAAAGGAGAGUUUGAGAUUUAAUCAUCCAGAAUUGAACCUUUGCAUUGAAAGGAUUAUUAAUGAAUUAGGUGGACUAAAAAAUUAUAUUGGAGUUCAUAUAAGAACCGGUGAGAGAAGGAUUGGAGAUGAAAUGUUUAGGAUUCAAGCAAAUAAUACUAUUAAACCAAUUUUUGACCGAGUAAAUCAUUACUUUUUGAACGAAAGAUUUAAUAAUACGAAAUGCCAACAUCCAAUAGUUUUCCUAGCAACAGAUGCAAAAAAUCCUAAUCGGACUUUUAGAACUUUUUAUUCAAAAUUUAGCCCUUGCAUUUUUUCUUUAACAGAUUUUAAGCAUCAUUUGAACAUUUUUAAUAAUAUAAAGGCUUAUGAUAAUUAUAAAUUAAAAAAUUUUUUUAUGCCUUUAGUGGAUUUAUUGGUCGCUUCCUCUGGUGGACACUUUGUUGGUACCGACAAAAGUACUUUUUCGAAGAUGGCUAAAGAAAUUCAUGAUUUUCAGAUAGCAUAA